AUGAGUUCUUCAGGAACUUGUCAGGUUCACACUCAAUUUGGUCCAUGGCUUGAAAAGUUUUAAAUUACAGACUACUUCACUAAAAGAUGCAUUUCGGACUCUGGAAUUGCUUUCCGAACGAUAUCCGCCACAGACAAAGACUGUCGACGUGGCUUCUCUUGAACCCGGUCGCAUUCUGGCAGAAGAUAUUGAGGCGGAAACGGACAUUCCUGCAGUUCGAACGUCUUCAGUGAAUGGUUUUGCAACAAUGGGUAACAAGAAAAUUAGAGACAUCGAACGUGAACUAAAUAAAUUCAAUUCCAGUGAGCUAUAUCGGAACAAAGAGAAGGAUCGUUGGAUUAUCCACUGUUUUAUCACCCUAUUACGCUACAUUGUUGCCCGGAGAAUGCGUAAGAAUCAGCAGCGGAGGAGUGGUGCCGAACGGAGCGGAUACAGUUGUUCCGCAUGAUGACGUGGCAUUGACGUCACAAGAUGACGAUGAGGGAGUAGAAACGGUCGAAUUUGAAUACCCAUUAGGGGAAGGAGACAAUAUAAGGUGAGGCACUUUUUCAAAAAUAAAUUUUCACCAAUGAUAUUCUUUGAAGAGAAAAAGGUUCGGAGGCAAAAGCAGGAGACGUUAUCUUGCACGACGGACAGAAAAUCGACUCAAUGGCAAUCGGACUGCUUCAUGCUUUGCAAAUGACAGAGAUUGAGAUUUACCGGAAAGCACGCGUCUGCGUUCUAUCUAUUGAAGACGAUACUACUGUGAAGAUCAAGAAAACAGGCAUGAAUAUGACGAGAGCACACCUUCUGGCACUGUUUCAAGCACAAAAGUUCAAAGCAAUUGACGCCGGAGCAGCGAUGGAAAAACACUCGGAAGUGGAAGAGAAGCUGCGAAUCGCUGCAGAUUUUGCAUGUGCAAUUGUGACAAUUGGAGGACAAACGGUUUUACGAAAACUGGCAAAGGAUAUUAAUCUGACGGUAUUCGGCCUAAAACAUUUUCUUGAAACAGUUAGUACUUCAGACCGACAUUCAAAGGAUCUCAGCUAAUCCUGGUGAUUACACAUUCGCUCAUGGUAAAAUUGACGGAAAACCAGUGUUUGUGUGCAUGUUUCCCGACAAUUUGGACUCUUCUUGGAUCGGAGCCAAUUUGUUCGUCGCGCCAGUUCUCAAAGCAGUGGAAGGACAGAUCGUACGGAGCAGUCCACGAUUCAAAGCCAAGCUGACAAAAACCAUUCCCCAAUCUUCUCAAAUUCAAUUUUUACGUGCUAGGACGGAAUCCGUAGACGGCGUUCUAACAACUACUCCUGUCGAACGUUACGCGAUCCUAGGAGCAAACUCAAUCAUCGAAGUGCUUCCGACUAGCAAGACCUCGGUCGGGGACCGUGUUACCGUGCUUCUUAUCGAAACUUUGCCGUUUUCCUACAUUUAG